UAACAGAUAUAUAAAUUAAAAUUAUAAAAUUGAUACUGAUAAUUGGAAUUUUGGAUUUUUAAAAUAAUUUUGUUCCUGCAAAACUAAUCUAUAUCUUUUAUCAUUCAAAAGUGUAAGUAGUUUUUUAACCUUUCGAGAAUCUUAUAAAUUAUAUAUGAAACUCUUUUAUAAAAUUUAUUAUUUUAAUUUCUUUUUUUUUUCUAAGUAGCUUAAAAAAAGCUAGGCUGUUAUCGCAAGGUAGCAACAAGAUGGAGAUCUUCGUAGCUAUAUCGAACAAAGUAUUAACGUUUGCGUAGUAUUAUGAUAGUGAGAAGUAUAAGUGGGUGGUGAGACACUCAGAGCGUGAAGUGUUUCCUUUCGGAUUAUCUGCCCUGGAGAGUCAACUGAGCUGUAAAAGAUAAUGGAAAUUCCGCCUUUUGUUUUAGAUAUAUUCGUUUGUGGUCGUAGAUAAGUCGUUUAUUGUCUUCGACACAAAAUUGUCGCGCAACAAACGCAAUUUUUUUUUCUCAUCAAUGUAACAACUCGCAAAAGUAUUCUUACGAAGACGUUCUUCUUGUUAAAAUACAAAAUAACAGUAUAAAGAGAUGAAAGCGUAAUGAAAUAAAAUAAUCUUUUCCUUGAACCACCUUUUUAGAAAGAAAUAAAUGUCAUUUAUUAAUUAUAAAUAACAUUAAUUUUAACGUACUGCUGAAUGUUAUAUGUAAAUUAUAUAUAACAAUAAGGUUCACAGCAAGAAUAUACAUGAUCGAUUAUUACUUUACUUCAGUAUUGGCACGUCAGAUAAAAAAUGUAUCGUAAAAAGACGCUUUCAUAGACAUUUAAAGUUGACAAAGCUGCGACGUUACAUCUGACAAGCGAUGACGUGGAUAGAGGCUACAGACAAGCACACGAAGGACGACAUCCCCUUUAGAAGGGCUGCAGACAGACAAACCCUCCAGGCUCCCUUUUCCCCACCUAUUGCCGUCCCAUCGCCAUAGCAACCCCUUGCAUUCAGCAGCUAGGUUAACCAACCGAUCUACCCUUCGUGCCGUCUCGCUUCUCGUCCCUGGAAUUAUCAUUGUAUGGAACAGAGCGCCCACUCUCUUUUUCUUGCAUUUUAAUACAGCCCGUAAUCCAAGAGCCUUAAGAAUUUAGUAAAUUCAAUAGUAAAUUGACGUGAAAGUCCCAUUGGAUAUUCGACAAGGUCAAAAUACUUUUUCUUCAACGUUUCUCAUGAAUUUUUCAUAAUCGGUUCACAAAUUGUUGUCGAUCGGUAUUUAAGUUUCUCGAAAUUUUCAAACGGAAAGAUUACAGAAGCUAACGUUUAGUAAAAGUAUCUCUCGAGAGAUCUCAAUAAUCUUACGGAUGCAUCACUCGAGUCAACGAUAUUCACAAGUGAAUAUAAAUAAGUCGAAUAAGCUCCGUUAUCUCAGGGAAUAAUUUUAUUCAGCGAUGUGUUAAUCAAUAUUUUUGAGAAGCACGUCGAAAGAACGGUUUCGCUAAAGUAUUUAAAAAUUUAGCUGAUGGAUAUGAAAAUAAAAGCAAUUUUGUUGUGCUAUUAAAAUAAUUAAAUAGGACGCUCAAAGUAGACGCUGGAGUGUCAAAACUUUUCGUAACAUUGCUAAUAACCUGUUUGAACGUCCAUCAUAAUUAUUUUGAUCGCUCAACAUAAUUAUUUUCAGUUCUGUAUCUAGCAAAAUAUUUCAGUACUUCAGCAAAACCGUGUAUAUAUGCGUGCGAUGAAAAUUUUAACGUUUUACUUGCGUUAAACAUUUCGUUGUCCUCUACUCGGGAUAGCAAAAAAGUCUUCCUUGUCUUCUAAAAUAUAUUUUUCACUAUUAGUUCUUGUAAAUGGCUCGGGACCUUAAAAUACCCACGCAAUUGAGCUGUUAUUUCUUCGACAAGAAAGAAAGCAUAAUUUCUAGAAAGGACAACUUCCCUUUACAAUGGAAUAAAGCGUAUUAGCUCAUUGCAGUGGUCGCGGUCCGUGAACUCGUCAGACAGUUCAACGGGCCGAAUGAUCACCCCGCUCGUUCUCAAAAUAAUUCGUACUUUUCCCGUUGUCUCGACUGUGUCGAAUUCAACGCAUCACGAAGGUGAAUUCGCUCGCGGCCGACGGUUUGGCCGUUUAGAGUCACGACAUCUCGUUCCAUUUAUCGUCGGUAAUAUGUCAUAGCCGAGCCGCACGCGGUUCUAACCUGGUGAAACUCGGAUAAAAACCCGAUUGAAAAAUCCGGCGACUCACAAGUCUCUCGUUUCGUUCCCGGGAAAGAGGAGCGCCGGUUUUCCCGCAGACAAUGAAAAUACUUCCGAUACCACUACUCGGAACGUUCGCGGUUUUAAUCGCCGGCCAGGAUACGAAAACCGUGGUGUUCCCGCCUACCGUCGGAAAUGGUUCGUCUUUGGAAACGGGAAAUCAAAUCGAGCCAAUGCUUCAGUCGGAUAUGACGCGAGCAAUCUUUGCGACCCUCGCACCGCCAUCGCCGCCACCGCCGCCGCCGACGUCGCCGCCACCACCGCAACAGCAGCCGCAGUCGAUGCUGCCCUCGGAUUACUUUUUCUCCGCGCCUCAACGAACGUUUCUACAUCACAGAAGCGAAAACAUACCGUAUGCAUAUGAGUAUCCCAAUGUUGCAUAUCCAGUAUCACACUCAAUAGAGCACUCCAUCGGUCCGUCAUCAAAACAGCUUGUAGUAGUCAGUUUCAUCGGGCUCUUGCUGCUUUUGGCGAUUAUACAGAAUACGCUUAGUGCUGUUAAGCGGAAGGAUGCGAUAAUGGAUCUAUUAUCGUCCAGGCAAAAGCGGGACGUUUAUGCCACGCAUGAUUUUCGUUCCGUGACCCCGGAGGAGGAGGAGAUUCUUAAUAGCGAUGCCAGAGUACGAUGCAUACAGAGAACGAUCUGUCUUGAGAAUCGCAAACUCUUUAGAGAUUUGGGCGCACCGGGCAAAAUGCUGGCAAAGUACUUGACGAAAGACGUAGAGAAAUCAUUCAAAUCAUCAUCGGGUUGGGAUCGUCUCGUGAGAGAUGCUGGUGCAGCAGGGAUUCGAGGCGAGAACUGUGAUGUACUUUACAGAGAUUGUGAGAUUCCCGUAACAAAGAAGAGGCAUAAAAAUGUCCUAACAAGCAUAAAAGAUUAUAAUAAUCAUAAUUCAACUUAUUAAUAUUUUAGUUGUUAAGUAUACAAAUAAAUAAUCCACUAUUUUUUUUUAUAUUAUUCAAUAUUUAUUGUUGAAACAUACCGAUAUAGUUCAUGGAAAGUAAUUCCUAUUAUUUUUCAAUACUUUUCUUCAUCUUUCAAGCAAGUUAUAGAUUUCAAAUCGAAAAAGCUGGUCUUUUCUUGAUUUCAUCAAGCACUUUUCUCAUUUCUUCAGUUUUUAUAAUUUUUUUGUUAAAUAAAACGUGUCGCAUUCGACGGAACAAAUGACAAUUUGAAAGCGCUAUGACCGGUAAGUAUACUAAGAGCGGUAAAAUAUCUCAAUCAACUUGCAAUAGUGUACUCACUGUACUGCAACUGGCAAUGAUAUAGAAAAAAUUCGUUCAAUUAAAUUGCUGCAUGAUAAUGUUUGAUGUGACGAAACUAAUUGAAAAGACCAAUCUUCUUAUUGAAUCAGAAUACAAUAAUUUGCCUACAAAGAUGUGGAAAAGUAAUGAGAAUUACUUUCAUGAUUGAACGUUAUUGGUGUGUUUCAAUAAUAAAUACUAAAUUUCAUAAAAAAUAGUGAAUUAUUUAUUUGUAUAUCUAAUAUAAAACAGUAUUCAUUUUUUUCCGCUUUUCGAUAUGUAUUAAAAGAUACAUAUCUGUCGUUUUAAAAUUUUUUAAUAAAUUGGAAAAUUAUUCAUAACUCAAAAUUGAUAUUUGUUGCUAACAAACGAGAACGUUGACAUUAAUUAAUUGAUAAUGUAACGAUAUGUUCUUUUCAAUAUAUUGUAUUGUAAUAUUAUCAAAAUUACGUUAAAAAAUAGGCUGGGUAAAUAAAGAAGUCGGUGCUAUUAAUGACUUUUUAAAUUUAAUUACAAUAUGCUGCGCGUUGCCUUGUUCUUUAUCUGCUACAAACAUCGACAUCUAGCUUGAACUAUUUUAGAUAGCAAUUUGCUAUGGGACAUUUCACUUAUACUUACACUUGCACUUUUACACACACACACACACACGCGCGCGUGCGCGCGCGCGCACGCGCGCUCUCUUUUUCUCUCGCUCUUGCUCUCGCUCUUGCUCUCGCUUUCUCUCUCUCUCUCUCGCUCUCUUUUCAUCGGAAUUAUAAGAAAAUAUCAAAUAUCGGGAACAAAAUGGAGACAUUAAUCGCGUCUUCGGCAUUUUGUGUGUUGGCCUGUUUUCUCGUCUUCCCUUUCCCAUAACUAGUAUGUUUACGGUCCUUCAGGUCAGCUAAUUAUACAAUAACGCUCCCAAUAUUAUCAUUAAGGCAUUAUAUGCUUAUUAGUUUUGUAUCUCAAUUUAUGAAGUCAGUUACAUGUACGAUAAUGUGUCGCAACACGCUGAACGCGCAAACUUACACUUAAAUAAACAUGAGAUCGCUCGUUAUAAUAGGAGUGCAUUCCAAAAUUUUAUCCCAAAUUCGAGAGGUCAUCGUUUAAGAAUAGUCUUCUGAGACGCGGCAUAACAUACUACAUGAAUGAAGCUUGGUUCUUCCAAGAAUCGACACAGAGGAGACUUUUAUGAUUUGUGCUUUUGUGCUUUUAAGAUGAAUAGACGAGUAUCAGUCUUUCGAUCUUUGAUAGACACAAUUCAAAUUGAUCUAAGCUAAAAUCCUACGAAUCUUACAAAUCGUUUUGUAAGAUUUUGAAUAUCUCCUCAGACAUCGAUCUGAAUCCUCCAUUUACGAUCUUGUUCUUUCACGCUCGAAAUCCAUUUAAAUCAGUAAUUUAUUUUUAGCUUAACUCUAUUCAUUUAUAUUCUAUAUUCUAUAGAAAACUAAUUGAGCGAAAUUUUAGAAUGCAACCCAAUGAGGCUAUCCUGCAACGGGAUAAAUUUUAACGCAUGCAUUAAAGCUUUCCGAAAAAAAGAAAAGAUAAAA